AUGGCAGAAUUCAUGCAUAAAAGUACGGAAGAACAGGAACAAAGUUUACAAGAGGAAGAAUUGAAGUUUGCAUUGGCAGCAUUGGAUGACUCCUUACAAGAAGUAGAGGAGCCUUUACAGGAAAUAAAUUUGGGGACAGAAGAGGACCCAAGACCUACUUUCAUCAAUGAAUUAUUGGAAGAGUCAUUGAAAGGUGAAAUCAUUACACUUCUACAUGAUUUCAAAGACUGUUUUGCAAGGAAUUAUCAUGAAAUGCCUGGACUGGAUAGAGGAUUGGUGGAGCACAAAUUGCCAAUAAAAGAAGGAUACCUACCAGUCAAGCAGGCCAGAAGAAGAAUGUCCACGGAGAUAGAAUUGAAAGUUAAAGAGGAAAUAGAAAGACUGGUUAAAGCAGGUUUUAUCAGGCCAACCAUUUAUGUUGAUUGGUUGUCCAAUAUUGUACCUGUUCUUUAA